AUGAACGAUUUCGACCCUUCCCAAUUCAACGUAUCUAUGUCGGAUCCAAGUAUGAUGCGUCUUGACGCCUCGAGAAAUUCGACCGCGCUUGUAUUACCCGACACGAACAAUCUCGACCUAUGGGGGCCAGCACGUUCGUCUACGGAUGUGAAUCAAGGGGCGGACGCAAACGCGAACAAUUCUACAUUGAAUGGCGUUCUCGACACCCAGCCGCCGGCCGCUCCGCUGUCAGGCUCCACACAUUCUUUCUCAGCAGGCUCUGCCUUCCUGGAUACAGCUGCCCAGUCGAUGGCCAUGCCAGAACUCUCUCAGGCAAUGUUUAACGAUGAUCUCAUGUUUCUGGAAGAUUUUCUACUGCCCGAGUUCGUGGCCAAUGCUACUGGAUGUACCACGCCGAUUCCCGCGGACUUCGACCCAGCCGCCUUACAGUGUCUUGCUGCCAGGAAUGAACCCGAUAUUUCCGAGGCUCGUCUGUUCCUACCAAGACCAACAGACGAAGCUCGAGCCCCUCACCUUUUCGAUAUUAGUCCCCAAGAUGUAGAUCGGUUUCAGAAAGAUAUCUUGAGCACGCGUCUCUUGAGCAACUUCUCCUUUCCGCGGCGUUCCCGCAUAUUGCGGUGCCUGUCUGCCUAUUUCGACAGUGUCGACCCGCAUGUACCAAUUGUCCAACAAGCUACCUUCAGCUUGUGUGGUACGGCCCCGGCAUUGGUGCUCGCGAUGCUCGGGAUGGGAGCUCUCAUUACAUCUGAAACUCAAUUUGCUGUAUCGGCGUAUGAGGCAGCCUGUACCUUACUGGACCACGAGACCAAAGAUGAGGUCUACGCAUCGUCGCAAUUUGAAUUUGGGCCAAUUCAAGCUCUGCUACUCUGUGUCCACUUUGGGGCGUUCAGCGAUGACCAGACUUUUGUCCAGCGCUCUCAAGCGCAACUCAACCUUGUCUCCAAGAUGCUGAGGCAUGGUUUAGACGAUUUAAGUGACAAACGAGCCGAGUCUGAACAGGACUGGAUAACCUGGUCCUUCAUCGAAACUUUCAGCCGGUUAGCGUCGUGGAGCUGUUCACUGAACGCUGUCCUUUUUGCGUACGACGAUUCUUUUCAAACAAAUACUCAACAUUUCUUGCGACAUGUGCCGCUCCCCCUUGACGAGGACCUUUGGAGGGCUCGCUCAGCACAAGAAUGGUCAUCCCUCGGAGGCCUUUCACGCUCACAUGGCGCUCUCAAUUUCUUGACGUUAGCCGAGUCUCUGCUCCAAGGAAAGCCCGUUCUCGAGCAAUUAAGCUGUUUCGGCUUGUUCUCAAUCAUCGGAUGGUUUCUCCUCUACAUCUGCAACCACGAACGGAUGAAACUAUUGGUCGGAUCGCUCGACAUAUUCGAGACCGAGUUCACCAGCAAAAUAGAUGUAGGGCUUGGGGCCUGGGAAACCCUGACCCGCCGACAUCUACGGACAGGCCACGUCAUGUUCAGACAGUUGAAUCCCCUGAUCUCAGACAGCUUCCCCCUCCUCGGAUCCGCUUAUUACCACCUCUAUGUGGGUGAUGAAUUGCGCACUCUAAAAGAGAUAGCUAGCAAGCAAGCACCGGCGGGUGGAAUGCCGACAUCACAGACACUUCCCGAAUUCAAUCCGCGCCCUGAAGCGUACAAAGCAGUGCGAUAUGCUGCAAAUUCGUGGCUUGUCCGUGCUAAACUCGGUAUCAGCCACUUCCAGCAAUCUCCUGAUGCGUAUGGUCCUCACGGAGCCAUGGGGGCAUACGAAUCUGACCCAAUGGCGCAGCACUCCUUCUGUCGUGGUGGCUCUCCGUCGGCCAACCAGCACAGACUCCAGACGGAUUGA